AUGGAUGAAGAACCUUUAACAAAUACAUCAAGAUAUCUACUUACUGAUAAACAAAAUAGUCCAAGACCUUUACUUGAAUCACGAACAAAUGAUGAGAGUAUUGAUGCUUCACCUGGAAAAACGGAAAUUGGUCGAUCAACAAUUGAUAUUCGUGAACCAACAUCUGAACAUUUGACUGCAUUACAAAAUGCUUUUAAUAAAAUUCUCAAUGAACGUUUAUUGUCAGAUAAUAGUUAUAAAUUACGUCAAAUUGUUUAUAAUAAACUACGACAAAUUAUUCUUACAGCACAAUCAGAUUGUCAAAUAAAUUUAUAUGGUUCAUUAUUAUUUGAAUGUUGUUUGGAAAAACCCGGUAUAAUGGAUAUUGAUAUACGAUUUAAACAAACACUUCAAUAUGAUACACUUAAAGAAUUACUUGAAAUAUUAACUAAAAGUGAUUUAUGUAAAGAAGCUCGUAUUGAUACUGAACAUAAACCAUCUUGUAUUGAUAUGAUUAUUAAUGAACCAAAUAUGCGUGUACGAAUCACAUCGGGUUAUAAUCGUGGAAUAAAUUUAUCAAAAUUAAUUCGAAUCUAUACAAAAUUUGAUUCACGUCUAAUAAAAUUACUUCGAUUAUUUCGAAUACUCGCAAAAACAUGUAAUAUAGAUAAACCAGAUUUAGGUACACUUCAUCCAAUUGUCUUUCAUGUAAUGGUUAUUCAUUUUCUUCAACAAGUUGAUCCACCUAUUUUACCAUGUCUACAUGAAUAUGUAUAUGGAAUUGAUCAUGUCCCAAUAACAUUGAAUGAAAAUCAAUAUCCGGAAUUUUUUCGUAUUUCAAAUGAAUACUCACGAGAAUGGAAAUCAGAUAAUAAAACAAAUAUUGAAAUGCUAUUUUUACAAUUACUCUCAUAUUAUAUUAAAACAUUUAAUACAAAACAAUUUAUUGUUUCAAUUCAAACACGAAUGCCUAUUGUUAAAAUUGAUAAAAAUUGGCAUAGUAGAAAAUUACUUGUUGAAGAUCCAAGUGAUAUCAAACGAAGUUUAUGUCAAACAAUGCAAGCUUCACGAUCAUUAAAUUAUUUUCGUGAUACAUUAAAUACUGCUUUAAAUUAUUUUGGUCGCAAACAAAAAAAAAUGAAAAAAUCUCAAUUGAAUUCCAAUGAUAAUAAUGAAGAUGAUUUUAUUGAAAUAAUUGUUGAAGAUGAAAACGAAAUUCCAAUAAUAGCAUCAACAAAUGCAUUACAUUGUUCAUAUGAAUUAUUUUAUAAACGUUUAUCACCAACAAUUCUACGUGAUAUAAAUAUUCGUCAACAUCGUGUACGUGAUUAUUAUAAAAAAACAUUUGAAAACAAAUUACCUGAACCAAUAAUUAAAUUAAAUUCUUUAAUAGAUCAACAAAUUGAUAAUAUAAAUGAUAAUGAAAUUGAAGAAGCAUUUCAACAUGAUCUUGAACAUAAUUUUGAAACUAUGGAUGCAAAUGACGAUGAAGAACAAAAUAUUUUAUUAGAUAAAAUUACAAUAAAUAAUGAUUAUGAUGAGAAUUUAAAUACAGAUUUCAAUGAAAUUCAUAUUGAGAAUGAUUUUGAUCCGAAACAAGCAGUUCGACAAUUAUUUUUAACUACUAAUGAAGAAGAAAAAUCGAAUGAAUGCAAUCUUUCAUCAUCAAUUACAUUAGAUAACGAACAAGGUAUUGAAACUAUUUAUGAUAAUAAAUCUUCUAAUAAAAGUGGUGAUGGAUAUAAAUUUCAUAUUGAUAAACUUCUACAGAAUCUCAAUAAAAAACAGAGACGCAUCUUACUUCGAGAGUAUGAACGGCAAGGUAAAAUUAUCAAUGACAAAGUCAUUGAGAUUUCUGAAAAUUUUCAAUCAUCAUCAUCGAAAGAUAAUGUCGAUAGUCCAAUAGAAGAAAACAUUAAUAAUUCAUCUAUUGUAUCAUCACCAAUAAAAGAUGAACAACCGAUAUCUUCAGAUAAUCCAUCUUCGGAAUUUUUCUACGAUUUUCAAGCUGAAAAUUUUCAUGCUGAACAAGGUGCACCAUUUGUUUGUACAAUAUGCAAUGGUGUCGGUCAUUUAAAAUCUGCAUGUCCAGAUUUAAUUGUGCCAAAUAUGAUUGAUUUACCUGCAAUAAGUCAAGAAUGGAUUAAUAUUCUUUCAAAAUUAUGUUCUCAUAUAACCGAACAAUGUAAACCAACAUAUAAUGAUAUAGAAAAUCGUGAAAAAAUUUUGAGGUUAUUACAAAAACAAUUUGAAAAAGAUUAUCCAGAUUGUAAUUUACAUGCAUUUGGAUCAUUUUAUAAUGGAUUUGGUUUUCGACAAAGUGAUCUUGAUGUUUGUAUUGUUUUUAAAGAUCAAAGAGAAGAAAAUACUGAUGAAGUUAUUCAAAUCAUGAGAAAAAUACUUAAAUCGUUGAGAUCAAAUGCUGAAACAUUCGAAAAUGUACAACCAGUAUUUCAUGCAAAAGUACCAAUUAUACGUUCAAGACAUCGACAAUUACAUAUUGAUAUUGAUAUUAGUCUUCAUAAUAUGCUUGCUAUUGAAAAUACACGAUUAUUAAGAACAUAUACGGAAAUUGAUUCAUGUGUAUCUCAACUUGGUUAUAUGGUAAAACAUUUAACAAAAUUAUGUGGUAUAGCUGAUGCAAGUCGUGGUACAUUAUCAAGUUAUGCAUAUAUAAUAAUGGUUAUUCAUUUUCUUCAACAAAUUCAACCACCUGUUUUACCUGUUCUACAAGAACUGAGUGAUGAUCCAAUAACGAAAGAUUUAAUGUAUAGAAAAUGUUCAAUAUGGAAUGUAUAUUUUUAUGAUAAUUUAGUUAAACUUAAUAAUUUAUGGAAAAAUGAAAAUAAAUUAUCAGUUGGUGCAUUAUGGAUUGAAUUUUUACGUUUUUAUACUGAACAAUUUAAUUAUGAUGAACAUAUUGUUACUAUACGACAGAAAAUACCAUUAUUAAAAUAUGAAAAAGGAUGGUUUAGACAAACAAUAUCUAUUGAAGAUCCAUUUGAAUUAAGUCAUAAUUUAGCCGGUGGUUUAUCUGUUCGAAAUUGGACAAGUAUCCGUCGAGUAUUUAUUCGUGCACGACAACAAUUUGGUUUACAACCAAAAGAUAUUGAUCUAUCAAUGCCAGAUAUGCAAUUUAUUGAAAUAAGUCUAUUCAAUAUUAAUGAUCCGUAUUCAACAAAUGCUCCAAAACGAUGUCCUGAAUGUAAAGGACCAUAUCAUAUUCGUAAACGUUGCCCAAAAUUAAUCACAUUAGCAGAUGAAAAAGAAAAAUUAAAACGAAUGGCUAUAUCCGAACAACAACAACAACAACAACAACAACAAUACGUAUUAAUGAAUAAUCAUUAUCCAAUAUAUUUCAAUAAUUCUCCAAAUAAUAAUUCUCAAUUUUCUGUAAAUUCACAAUAUUAUUAUCCAAUACAUGGAUAUCAAUAUCCCUUUCAAGUCAUACCUCAACAACGUAUUUGGACACAACCAUAUUCAAAUGAAAGACCAAUUGUUUAUCAAAAUUUUAAUUAUUAUUCUAAUGAUCAACAACAACAACAACAAAUAAAUAAUUCGAAUCGAAUAAAUUAUUCAAAUAAUCCACGAAAAAAAUGUUAUGUAUGUGGAAGUUCAAAUCAUUUAAAAGCUCAAUGUUCACAAAUUCAAACAAAUACGAUUCAACGAUAG